AUGAUUCCUAAGAGGCGUUCCAGCUCUAAAUCCCAUAGAGUUCGCAGCCCGGCGAGAGGGCUCAGGUGCGGGAGUACGGCGAAGGGGGCGGCGUUACGGCAACGAAUGGGAGGACGAUCCCCUCCCCCGCCCCGAGAAAGGGAGACCCAGCUGUCUUCCUGCCCCCAAGGCGAAGCUCCCAGCCCGAGCCGGAGUCUCCCCCGGCCACCGAUCGGAGGGGACCGCACCCACAGGCUCACUGGAGAUGUCUCACUGGGGGGCCUCAACGGCACCAGAGUCCUUGAAGGGCCCAGCAUCCCUUCUCCAUGCCCAGGGGCACGGGGAUACAGCGCGCACCCUCCCCUCGUUCCUUACGUAACCAUCCAUCCAGUCGGUCUGGUAGUCCCUGGAGCCUCACAGCGGGCCCUGCUUUUAGCUAACUUCUCUUCCGUCCUCCCCCCACACACAAGGAACCCCUUCCGCCGCUGGCUCCCCCAGAACAGAGCAGAGCAGAUCCCCAUCCCCCACAAUCGGUCCCCAGCAGCUCCCUCCGCUUCCACGCCUUCCCAGCCUAGGGCCCCAAGACCAAGCGGCCACUCCCCCUCCCCGCUGACCCGUCGACCUCGUGUGUGCUGGACCCCGGGACUCAGCGUUCCUUCCCCAGCUUUUCGCCUCCUGCAGCACCCCGAGGCUCAACCCCCUUUCCUGCAUGGUCCCGGGGUCUGGGAGAGGCAGCCGGUCCUGGAGCAUGGGUGCACCGGGUUCCCGGAGCUGCAGCUCCCGAGGCGCACGGGGCAGGGUCCGGGCGCAGAGCUUCCUGACCCCCCCCCGGAGCAUGGAGGCCAGGCUCGGGUGCCUUACCUGCCUCGGCUGUGGGCACCAGCUGCACGGAUCCUCCGGCCCCUAGCGUCCCUCUGGCUGUGUGCUCGCGGCCGCUGCGCCCCCGAGUCCCGGUUUCUCUUUGGCCCGCGCGCCACCGCGCGCUCAGCCUCUCGUCAUGUUGCCUCGGCAGCCCUGUUGCCAGCGGCCCCCCCACCCCCCUCCCCCAGCAGCCCGCUACCUGCCUCCCUCCCCCCUCCGGCCGCCGCCUAG